GUCUAGAUAUGUUGAGGAGCGAACCGAUUUGUUUUCAUCAUUUAAACAUCUCCAGCAUGAAGUUUGUUCUGUGAGUGGAUUUAGUUUUUCUGGUCAUUUAAAGGCAUCCUUAUGGGGUAUGUACACCGGUUGUAAUAUCAGUGACUCCAGAUUUUCCUAAAAUCUACAAUCUGAAGCGUUAACUACCAUUUGAAAUGUAAAGUUUCUACAUGCAGCAUCUUUUCAGUGCUGAUGUAUUGCCUGGUCCUACACUCAUUAUUUUAUUGUGUGGUGGUUUCAUUAUUGAACUCCUCAUAUUGAAAAUAAGGAUCUGUCCAUUGUCUUAACAUCACUAUUUAAUACUUUGUGUUUCUAUCUAAGAUUUUGUGGCACCCGUAGCAUGGAAAAAGUCAUACUUUGGUCAGUUUAGGUUAUGGGGACCCGCUGUGAAAAACAAAUCUGAGUCAGUGUUUGUCCUUACAUCAAGUGAUUUUGUGACUCACACAAGUUGUUUGUCUCUGAUAGGCUGAAUGACAGGGUUUCUUGGUAGCGAGUGUCCACAGAGUUCUCCCUGACAGUGGAAAGGAUAAGAUUUGUAGGCUGUAAAGUCCUCUCAGAAAUAAACAAGGGAAGUCCGAAAAGGCUGGUUGAAAUUUUGCGUGAGAGCAGAGCCACCACAGCUCAUGGGAAGUUGAGUCCAAAAGAAGAGGAAUUUUAAAGUCUGUGGAAAUACAAAAUUCAGUCCACUGCCUCCACUUCCAGCGUGUCGUGAGUCAGUUGCAUCAGAAGGAAACUUGCUGACACACAGUGAACUGCAAACAGUCCACCAGGUUAAAAACCUCAACCAACUCUCCGAGAGGUGAAAUGUCCACGUGCACAAUGCCUCGUGAUGUUUUCCCAUUGCUGCUCCUGCUGCUCUUCCUAUCUGCGUUUGGGACGUCUCACGGCUGCCUGCAGGACCCUGCCUCAGCGUACAGAUUCACCGGAGCUGUCUGCCGCCUCACCUACCCUGCUGCUGUUGUGUUGAAUGAGAAAACCACUAAAGUGAUAGAGGCAGCAUUCCAACAUGCCAGAUAUCCAAGUGUUAAGGGAGAGAAGUCACUGCUCUUUAUAGGCAAAGUCGUAUAUGGCCUGGACAAUUUGGAGAUUCACAACCUAACAAUUGGUCGGAGUACGUUUGAGCUGCAUCCAGGUGAAGGCAUUGCCAUGGAGAUAAGCAACGUGUCUGCAGUCUUCAGAGGGACCAUCCAAUAUGGAUACGGCAACUGGCUUGUCAACCUUGCACAAUCAAUUGACUUAGAGAUUGAGUCACAGAUUGACCUUGGAAUCAACCCCAAACUUUACUGUGGUGAAGGGAAGGUGGCAGCCGACACAUCAGACUGUUAUCUGAACUUUCACAAGCUCCGUCUGCAUCUGCAGGGAGACAGAGAACCAAACUGGCUGAAGAAGCUCUUCACCGACUUCAUCACCUUCACUGUCAAACUGGUCAUCAAGGGACAGAUUUGUAAGGAGAUCAACAAGGUGGCAAAUAUACUGGCUGACUUCAUACAAGAAAGAGCAGAGCAGUUCCUCAGUGAUGGAGACAUCAGUGUGGAUAUCGGCGUGACUGCCGCUCCUGUAAUUACUGCUAACUACAUAGAAUCAUACCACAAGGGGCUGACCAACUACAACAACACUUCUGCUGUCAUCAGUGACUCUGUUUUCCACCCCAGCCAGCUGACUGAAAACAGGAUGCUCUACUUUUGGGUCUCAGACCAGGUCUUCAACCCCAUGCUGACUGCUGCCCACCACGAUGGCCGCUUCCAACUCAACAUCUCGGGGGCAGAGCUUACUGAACUCUUCACGACAGACCUUUCCAGUGCCAUGCCUGAAUUUAUUAGAAAGUGUUUGUUGGAAUCAGGCUCUCCAGAGUUAAGAGUGUGGAGUUCAUCCAUUCCUUUCCUAAACACCUCUACAGUGGGUACAACCGUUUGGGCGGAGGCCUCUGGGCAGCUCCACUGUGGGAAUCAAGGCACACCGACACUCUUCUUCAAAACGGGUUUGUCCAUAGAUGUUACAGCUUCCUAUGCGGACAAGAAACUCUCCCUGCAGGGUAAUCCAACAGAGAUUUCUGUUCUCCAAGCUGACCUACCCUUACAGAAUCUACCGCUUUUGGAUUUGGCACAACUGGAGUUCAUAAGAGAAGCUGUGGAGAAGAUAGGCACACCCAAGGUCCUCUCUGUUCUUGAGGUUGAGCUAACCAGGUUGUUGGACAAACAGGGAACAAACUUAUUCGACAUCUCUAACCCAGAAGUGUUUCCUCGGGAUGGUUAUGUGGUGAUCCAGAUGGAUUUUGGUUUCCCUCAUCACCUCCUGGUUGAGUUCCUCAAGAAGACACUACAGUAACUGGGAAACCCUCAAGCAUCAUGGACCAGAUUUUUAGUGACUCUUACUUAAAGUAUUUUCUUGCAUAAAAAAACGCACCCUUCACAGUGAUCUAGAUGAUGAUGGUGUGGACAAGCUUGUCACUGAUGUUCUCAUUUCCACUGGUGAAUGUGAUGAGUGCAUGAUACCAUAUUUGGAAAAUGAUAAUACAUUUGGACGUGUUUUUUUUUAAAUGUGUAAUUCUCUCUUCAUUUUCUUCAUCUUCAUUUAGUUGGUUUGGUAUAUGUGAAGAUGAGCUAAGCAGUUUUAUGUUUAUACAAUAUAUUUGUUGAAUUAUCAGAUCACCAGAAAAUUUCAUUAUUUUUUUGUUUUUAUGGAAGGUUGGAGGAGGUACAAGUUAAAAUACUUGUCUGUGCUGGUGGCUAAGGCAGGCAUUUUUUGUGUCUAAAUAUUUUAAACACUAAUUUGAAUUAUGUAAAAUGUAAACCAGUAAUCAAAUAAAGU